CAUGCGACAAUAGUUAUGUCUCUGACGUCUGUUUUGGAGCGAUACGAGGCUGAAUGUAAAUCUCAGGCGGUGAAAGAGAACGACGCACUUAAAGUGGUUCUCGAGAAACACUCGUUGGCGACAUCGAGUGAAGUGUGUCUGAGAGGGAAUCUUCCAGCACUGCGCAAAAGCAGGCUGACGGAUGGGGAUGUGAAUGCUCUGUUGACGGGUAUCCUUGCCUGUCCCGUAUCGCAUCUCAACUUGAGUUACAAUCACAUCACUGACGAUGGCGCCAAACACAUUGCAUCAUACCUCAAGCAAUGUUUUACUGUGGAGCAUUUGGAUAUCAGUUAUAAUGACAUCAGAGAGAGGGGAAUAGAAGAAAUUGCCGAUGCACUGCAAUUAAAUUUCAAUCUAAAGUCGCUGAACGUGUCUGGUAAUAAGUUCGGAAACAAAGGAGGCUUACACAUUCCAGGCAUGUUGCAAGUGAAUACAACACUCGAGUAUAUUGACGUGGCUGAUGCCGACCUCAGUGCUGAGAGCGUGAUUGCGUUUGCUACAGUGUUGAAUCAAAAUGGCACUGUGAAGUAUUUGAAUCUCAAUCGGCCGCUCAUAUAUAGUCGACAGGAGGAGACGACAGUGCACAUUGCAAAGAUGCUCAAAGUGAACACUGGCUUGCAAGAAAUUCACUUACAGAAACAUGGAAUUCGCGAUUUCGGUGCAGAAUGGCUGCAUGACACUCUGAAACACAACUUGACUCUUACACAUCUUGAUCUCAGCCGCAAUCGUAUUGGUCGAGAUGGUGCUGCUCACUUGGCUUGUCUUCUCACGCAAGACACCAGACUCACUCACCUUGAUCUCAGUUACAACAGAAUAGAAGACGACGGAGCCAUUGCGAUUAGCAAUGCUCUAACACAUUAUAACAGAAACCUUAAAAUGCUUGCCAUCCGUGGUAAUGAAAUUGGAGGACUCGGACUAUGUGCAAUAGCCAAAGCUAUCAAAGCAAACCCAACACUGACACAGAUAUACAUCUGGGGCAAUACAAUGGAUGAGAAAACUUGCAAGGAAUUCUCGUCUCUCACAAGCGGCAUCGACCCCAGGAUCAACCCUGCAGACACAGACAUCCAAGCGUACGUAGUAGAUGGCGUAACUUACUUAGCACAAGUGACAUGACAUACAACUCUUGCUACAAAUGUAAACAAACGAUAAAAUAAACCGAAAAAUAAUGAAGAAAAAGUGACGUCAAGUAUCAAGUGUGCUGCAUCGUGCCCGCUGCUUCUGUUC